CCUGGCCAAAUCGAGUUAAACAGGAAUACUCUUCUAGGUCUUCCCACGCCUGUCACGCUGCAGGGGAGACCGGGCGAGACAGUGAGCGUAGCGCGGUGCAGCAAACCACACGCCCUCACACCUGCCCGGCCCCAGCACAGGGCUCGGUGGGCAGGCGUGGGCAGCGACGUGGUGGUGCUACACAUCUUCCCGCGGGGCACCACCUGUCCAAGCCUUUCACCUUUCGUUAUGAAGCUGGAGACCUACCUGAGACUGGCCUCUAUCCCCUACCUGGUGGACUUCGAGGAGCCACUUGGGCCUAAGGGGAAGUGUCCUUGGAUCACGCUCAACGGGGAGGAGAUGGGGGACUCGCACCUGAUCAUGGCACACCUGGGGACACGGUACGGGCUGGACUUUAGCGGCCACCUGAGCGAGAAGGAGCGAGCCGAGGCACACGGUUUGAGGGUAAUGAUGGACGAGCACUUCUUCUGGGUCAACGUGUUAUGGCGGUGGGUGUACGACAGGCGGCGCGCGGUGUGUUCCCUGACGCACUGGGGGACGUGGCUGCCCUUCCCCUGGGUGUACCGCCCCCUCGUGGCACGCCUGCUGCGCCACCAGGCCGUCAUGCAGGGCGUCGGCAGACACACGUGGCCGCAGGUGUUCCAAUUAGGCUGGGAGGACCUGCGCGCGCUCUCUGUUUACCUGGGUGACAAGAAAUUCCUGACGGGGGACAAACCGACGGAGGCUGACUGCGGCGUGUUCGGGAUGCUGAGUCAGGUGGUUUGGAACUCACCAGGCUCACCCCUCCUGGCGGCUGUGAAAGAUGACUUCCCUAAUCUGCUCGACUACUGCCAACGUGUUCGGGACAUGUUCUGGCCAGACUGGAACAGGUGUUUGAUCCCCCCCGGACCCCCCCCGCCCCUGCGUGCCUGAGGAGGAGGAGGAGGAGGAGGAGGAGGAGGAGGAGAAGAAGGAGGAGGAGGAGGAGAAUGACGAGGACGAGGAUGGUGAUGAGGAGGAGGAAGAGGAAGAGGAGGAUGAGGAAGAUGAUGAUGAUGAAGAAGAAGAAGAAGAAGAAGAAGAAGAAGAAGAAGAAGAAGAAGAAAAAGAAGAAGAAAAAGAAAAAGAAAAAGAAGAAAAAGAAAAAGAAAAAGAAAAAGAAGAAAAAAAGAAGAAAGAAGAGGAAGGAAAAUAAGACGGAGAAGAAGAGGAAAAAGAAGAAAGAAGAAAGAAGAAACAAGGAACAGGGUAAAGAUAAAUGCAGAUGGAUGGCUGAGGAGGAGGAACAGAAGUAAGAGGAGAGGGAGGAGGAAGAAGAGGAGAGGAGCAAAGACCCAUUAAAGAGACAUGCGCCUUGAAACAAAACAAUAACGCUGUGGCAAGUGAUAAAAGAGGAAAGACAAAAAAACAAACGUCAGUCCCUUAACUUUUCUUUUCUUUUCUCGAGUUUAACCUUUGAACUAUUGCUAUUUUUCAUUAUAAGGUGCAAGACGACUGUACCUCCUCCGUCAAAAAGGUUGUCAGUGUACCUUUAACUUUUCUUUUCUCGAGUUUAACCUUUGAACUAUUGCCAUUUUUCAUUAUAAGGUACAAGACGACUGUUCCUCCUCCGUCAAAAAUGGUGUCAGUGUCUUCAGAGGUCAUGUAUUCGAGUUUUUUAACCUAUAAUAAGAAAAGGGAAAACAGUGGAAAAUAUACACUCUUUUUUAAUCUUUAGUAAUGACUGAGUGAGUGUAAAGCAAUAAAGGUUAGAGAAUAUAAAUAAAAACUUGUAUAUAACGUCUACAUUAAAAAAGUUGAAAAAAAUGAUAAAGAAAUAAAACAACCAUAUUAACAGUUAGGAAAUAAAAGUUACAGUAUAUAUCAAAAAACUUAUAAAAUGUCUAUCAUGUCCACAUUUGAAAAGUUGAAAAAUAAAAUAGUAAAGAAGUAAACAAAUGAAUAUGAAUAAGAGCAAGAACAAUACAAAGUUAGGCAAUACAAAAAAAAAUAUAAACAUAUAACAGAAAUACACAAAUGAGCAACAACGAAAUAAGGUCAACUCGGCAAAAUGCAAAAAAAUAGAACAGGUAACACAAAGUCCAUAUCGGAAAAGGUAAAGCAAUACACCACGAGCCACCCGAGGUAAUCAGUAUGCAGGCAAACUCCAUUACACAUUUUCAUCCCCUAACAAAGUGCUUCUCAUUACGCUCCGUUCUUAUCUUCCGCCCCAAUAACCCGCUCCCUCGUGGCGACCCGGGAAUGGCUGGCGGGACGAUGUUAGUUUAUGGUAGUAGCUGUGGAGGAGGAGGAGGAGGAGGAGGAGGAGGGUUGGUGAAGUUGGAAGUAUUGGUUUCAAACUCUGGUGCAAAUGACGUGGAAAUAGUGGGCAAUCUCUCUCUCUCUCUCUCUC